AUGAGUCAUGGAAUAAGUGUUGAUACAGAUUACAUCGCUAAUAACAUUCACACAUAUAUCGAUGAUGGCAUCUUUUUUGAUAUUUUUGAAGAAGAUAUCAUCUCUGAAACACUAGCGAAAACUUCUAUUAAUUCUCAGAACUUCAUUACCCUUCUUACUCAAGGAAAAUUGAAAUACAACUCAUACAAACUAUUUAAUUGUGUUCGAAAGUGCAAUGUUUGCAUUGGUUCAUUUGACGAAGCAAUUCAAAUUCUUGAGAGCUACCAAAGAUGUUUCAAACUUGAAUCUGCUCACGGAUUAAUAGAGUACUUGAAUAAAUUCAGAUCAGAGCAUGUUUCAUAUUCAAAUGAAGUCACAAAAUUACAAACCAAAAUUGAAAAACUCGAAACAAAUUUACAAAAGAUCGAAGAUGAAAAUCAUCAAUACAAAAAUGAAAUAUCAUCUAAAAAUAAAGAAAACAUUCAAUUAAAUCGAUCUAUUAAUAAAUUUACAGAAAUUACUAAAUUAUUAAACACUGAUGACUUUGAAUCAGUAUACAAAUUCCUCAAAGGACUCUCAACUCAAGGUGAUACAAUUUCUAUGUCUAUUUCAUGUGCAGUUGGAUUAAGUGAAAAGAAAGAUUCCAAUAAAAGUACAUCACUUCUUUAUGCAUGUAGGAAAGGAGAUCUUCAAUUACCCAGAUUUUCCUUACUUUUACCACUCCCCAUGUAA